CGUCGGCGCCGCCCAUGGCCGAGGUGCUGGAGCCCGAUUCCGCGACAGCAGAGCGCGCAGCGGCCCAAGCCGUGGAGACGCCAGGCUGGACGGCGCCGGAGGACGCGGGCCCCCAGCCCGGAAGUUAUGAGAUCCGGCAUUAUGGACCAGCCAAGUGGGUCAGCACUUCCGUUGAGUCCAUGGACUGGGAUUCAGCCAUCCAGACUGGUUUUACAAAGCUGAACGGCUACAUUCAAGGCAAAAAUGAGAAAGAGAUGAAGAUAAAGAUGACAGCCCCGGUAACAAGCUACGUGGAGCCCGGUUCCGGUCCUUUCAGCGAGUCUAUCAUUACCGUUUCCGUGUACAUCCCCUCUGAACAGCAAUCUGAUCCGCCCAGGCCUUCAGAGUCAGAUGUCUUCAUUGAAGACAGAGCUGAAAUGACUGUGUUUGUCCGGGCUUUCGAUGGAUUCUCUAGUGCUCAAAAGAAUCAAGAACAGCUUUUGACAUUAGCAAGCACUUUGAGGGAAGAAGGAAAAGUUUUCAAUGAGAAGGUUUACUACACCGCAGGCUACAACAGUCCUUUCAAGUUGCUUGAUAGAAAUAAUGAAGUGUGGUUGAUUCAGAAAAAUGAACCUUCCAAAGAAAAUGAAUGAGAAAAAAAACCCCAGGAAGUUCCACUGCUUACUGUAGACAUCAACACUACCUACCUGUAAAAUGCAGGUCUAGUUGCUCUACCUGAGAGAACUGUGAUGAACUGAGCUUAUUUCCAAGGUGCCUUGUAAAGCUUGAAGCUUUAU